AAAAGCUUUUCCAUAAAAAUCUCAUUUGUAAAUUACUCUCCGUAGCCCUUGACACUAGUCCUUCUUCACCACCACACAGCCGGACCGGCCUCGCUCCGGUGACCAAUCCACCACCGCCACCGGUUCUGUAUCCCACGCUUAGCUACCUCCAAAUCCAGGCCAUUUUGAACCAGAGAAAGUUUGUUUAGCUUAGCUUGUAGUCAGCUCAGGACAGGCGAGUACUACAGCUUCAAAAGAGUUCCUCAAAAUGUAAAACAUGGUCUUGAAUAAGUUAUAUUGUGAUGCAAUUUUCAUCUUUAGUAUUGGGUUACUCUAGAAGGGUUCUUCAACCAACUGCCACUUAUUGUGUGUUCAAGGGUGGUACAGCUUAUUUCAACGGGGCACUUUCGUUCUCCCAAAUAGCACUCGGGCAGUUGAACUGCAGCUCUUCUCAUCCCAUUAAUGAUUGUGAACAACAAACUUCCACUAUCGUAAGUGUUAUCAAUAGCUGCAACAGCAACAAUGCCGAUAGUUGCACCCCCGACAUUGAUACCUUCAGGAUUGUCGAAAUCCUUAAUAAUAUGAAAAAGGACACCAAACUUGCUUUCUCUUUCUUUUCCCAAUUGAAGGAAGCUGGUUUCCAACAUAAUGUCUAUACAUAUUCUGCCCUUAUCACUAAUUUAUGCCAUUCGGGCUUUCAAAAGAAGUUGGAUGAGCUCUUCUUGGAUCUUGUGGUCACCUAUAAAGAAAACCAAUGCUUGCAAAUCUCUGAGUUGUUACAGACUCUCACAGAAGAAGUUGAGUUUGAUCAAUCAUUGGUUCGAGCUUAUGAUGCCUUGAUCAAGGCUUAUGCUAGUGUGGGUAUGUUUGAUGAAGCCAUUGAUCUUGUGUUUUACAUGAAUAGAUGUGGAUUUGCCCCUCAUAUCUUUGCUUGUAAUUAUCUUAUUCAGUGCUUGAUUAAGCAAGACAAAGUGGAUAUGGCUAUGGCUGCAUUCAAGCAGCUUAAAAGGAUCGGGGUACGUCCUAAUGGUUACACUUAUGCAAUUAUUAUGAAGAUGCUUUGCAAGAAGGGAAGACUGGAAGAAACACUCGAUGUGUUCUUAGAAAUCGAGGAAGGUGGUGUAGCCCACUCAACUAUUGCAUAUCGAGCAUACAUUGAAGGUCUUUGUACCAACCAAAGGUCAGCCUUAGGUUAUCAUGUGCUCCAAGCAUGCCAAGGAGCGAGCAGGCCUGUUGGUAAACAUGCUUAUGCAGCUGUUAUACACGGGUUAUGCAAGGAGAUGAAGAUUAAAGAAGCCGAAAAAGCUUUUCUGGAUAUGGAAACACAGGGAUUAGUUCCUAAUGCACACGUGUACAUUGCAUUGAUUCAUGGCUAUUGCAACAGCGGUCAAUUACAGAAAGCUUUAUCUCUCUGUAGUUAUAUGAUGUCAAAUGGUGUAAAAGCAAAUAGUUUGAUCAUCAGUUCGAUUCUUCAAUGCUUGUGCAAGAUGGGAAUGCAUUCUGAAGUGGUGAAUCAGUUUACAGAUCACAAGGAUUCGGGGAUCUAUCUCGAUGAAGUUUGUUACAACAUUGUAAUGGAUGCUUUAUGCAAACUAGGGAAAGUGGAACAAGCCGUUAACUUGGUCGAGGAGAUGAAGGCCAAGAAGAUGGUUUUGGAUAUCUUUCAUUAUACCACUCUGAUCAAUGGAUAUUAUCUCCAAGGUAAAAUCGAGGAUGGUUUGAAUCUGAUGGAUGAAAUGAAGGAGAAAAGUGGAUUAACCCCUGAUGUUGCAUUCUACACAAUGAUGAUAAGUAACUACUGCAAGAUAAAUUGCUUAUCAAAAGCCUAUGAUCUCUUCCAUUAUAUGAAAAAGAAAGGCAUUGAACCUGAUGUGACUUGUUACAAUGUUUUGAUAGGCUUGCAUUGCAAGGCAGAACAUCUUCAUGAAGCUUUUGCAGUUUUUGAUGAAAUGACUGUGAAAGGAUUAGAACCUGAUAUAGUUACCUAUACAGCUCUUCUUUCGGGUUACUGUACUAAGGGAGAAAUGGAAAAGGCUCGAUUGCUUUUUGAUGGCUUGAUUAAGAAAGGGUUAACUCCUGAUGUAAAUUUCUAUACAAUGAUGAUAAACAGCUACUGCAAGGUCAAUUGUAUCAGGGAAGCUUAUGAUCUCUUACAUGAUAUGAAAAGUAAAGGGAUAGAACCCGAUGUGAUAUGUUACACGAUUUUGAUCGACACAAAUUGUAAGAUGGGUAAUCUUAAGGAGGCUACUGCAGUUUUUCAUGAAAUGGCUGAAAGUGGUGUGGAACCUGAUUUAGUAACUUAUAGAGCUCUUCUGUCAGGAUUUUAUAAUAAGGGUGAUGAUGAGAAUGCUUCCAUCCUCAUUCAGGAAAUGUCUUCCAAAGGGAUAUUGUUUCAUAAUGAUAGCCAAAUAAGCUCUCUUUAAUGGAGCGCCCAUAUCUCCCGCUGGCUCAAUUCUUAAACCCCAACUGCCUCAGUUCCAUUAAUGGUGUUCCAUUAAUUCUUAUCCAAUUUUUCUCCACAAACACAACUGACCCAUAUGACCAAAACAUCUCAUUUCAUCGAGGUUGGCAGUGGUAGAAGAAGAAAGGUCUUGCUUGAGAAGCUUCAAAACUGUAAGGACCCCAAAACAUUGAUCGGAGGUAAUAAUGCCAAUAAUUUUUUCUUUCAUAGACUAUAAUAUGCGCAUAUAUAAUUGAAUUUCAAUAAUAUUAUGUACAUAGUUUCAAUUUGAAUUUCAAUAAUAAUUAUAAAUUUUAUAUAA